AUGCGUUUCAUUUUAUUGAAUUUUUAUUCUUUAGGUGUUGAGAAAACUGAAGCCGUAUUUCACUUCGUUAUUCCACCUACUAAUCAGGAAGACAUCUUUUACAAGGCUGAAAUUAGAGUCAUUUUUCCGGACACUUACUGUCAACAACCGCUCACUCUUGACCUCUACUGGAUGUCUCAAAGGGGUGGAGUUUCAAAUGGUGGUGCCGUUUCUGAGAAAUCCUUUUUUGGGAGGAAGCAACUCAGCCGAUCGUGGUCAAUGUGCGAAAUAUCGGUCGACUGCACACAACUACUAGAAGUGGAUAGUUUCAACUCUGAUCAGAAAUAUUCAGUAUCUCUUGAACUAUUUUCUCAACAGGGAAACAUGUCACCCACUAUCCUACGUGUUCCCGAUGUGUCAAAAGUUGGAGUCUUUGCUGUUUUAUGUUAUACGAGCUCUCUCUUAUGCUCGGAAUCCAGCGCCAUCUUCCGUCAGAAACGACAAGUUCUUAAAACCGCUAGGAAACAGUCUUUUGUAACCAAACAAAACAUGAAAUUGGAGGCUGAGCACUGCUCAAGAAAGCCUCUUUAUGUCGAUAUGCAUGAUAUUGGCUGGGAUAACUGGGUUAUUUCUCCGAAAGGUUUCUUGGCUAAUCAAUGUGAGGGACAAUGCCCUUUUCCAAUCAGCGAGCAUUUAAACGGAACCAAUCACGCCCUUAUUCGAAGCCUACUCCACACAUUUAGUCCUGACGUCGAGCCAGCUUGCUGUGUACCUAUCACAUUGAAGCCCGUAACACUUCUUUACAUAGACGACCAUAACAACGUUGUCCUACGUCAAUAUGAAAAUAUGGCAGUGGAAGAAUGUGGAUGUCGCUAA